GCUUUUGUCUGCCGUGCUGAUAUUGCCAUGUUGGCUUGCAGGCGAAAUAAUGUUUUGCUUAGGCACCACUUUAUUCCGGUUCAUUUACCGUCGCAGUCGAAUUUAAACAGACCUUGGGGAGUGGGAGGUGCUUUGUGCUUUAUGGUCUCUGGAGGAAGAAAAUCACCCAGCAGUUUUCGUACGGCAUGGUAACUCACUACAUGGUCGCAGGACACAAGAGUACUCACAAUGAGACCCUUGCACAGAACAAAAGGCUUUGUUAUACUGAUAUUUUGUACUGUCCUCGGACUACUCAUGACCACCUAUGGCCCGAACUCAAUCAGGUUCUUGGAAGGAUUGAUCCCUAUGGAUGUGUGUCCAUUACCUUAUGGCAGGAAACUCUGGGAUGGAACAGACGGCUUUCUGGAUCUCUGGGCCAGAACGGAUGUCCAGACGUGCACGUACUGGGGUGCCCCGAUAAUUUGGGAAGGGAUGUUUGACCCCAGCGUGUUUGACCAGCUGCACAAGGAGAAGAGCACCAGAGUGGCACUGACCGUGUUCGCAGUGGGAAGGUAUCUGGAUGCCUACCUUUUGCCUUUCCUGAUGUCUGCAGAGCAAUACUUCAUGGUGGGUCUACCUGUGACGUAUUACGUGUUUACAGACUAUCCAGAGAAGAUUCCUAGUCUCAAGCUGGGCCAAGGGAGGACUCUUGAGGUCAUUCAGGUCGCCAGGGAGAAUCGCUGGCAGGAUGUGUCCAUGAUGCGCAUGAAGACCAUCACUGAUGCUAUUGACGGUCACAUCCACCACCAAUGCGAAUAUGUCUUCUGCUUUGACGUGGACCAGAUUUUUACUGGCCGGUUUGGCUCAGAAGCUCUUGGAGAUUCAGUGGCUCUACUUCACUCAUUCUACUACCACAGACCCAAGAUGUUCUACACCUAUGACCACAACCCCAAAUCGGAGGCCUACAUGGAUAAAGGGGAUUUCUAUUACCAUGCUGCCGUCUUCGGCGGCCGGUGGCAGAAAGUGAGAAACUUGACUGAGGCAUGUUACCAGGGCAUCAUGAAGGACAAGGAGAACGAGGUGGAAGCCUUGUGGCACGACGAGAGCCACCUGAACAAGUAUUUGUUUCUCCACAAACCAACCAAGGUGCUCUCCCCCGAGUACUGUUGGUCAAUGUUCAUCGGCCACCGCAACGACAUACGUGUCCACCGCCUGCUUUGGGCCCAAAAACAAUACAACGCACUCAGGAACUGAGCAGUGUGGCACCUGGAAGACUGGUGCAGAUACCACAUGACUCAAAGUCACUCAAGUUCAGAAUGUGUAAAUUCUUUGUUGUCUCUGCGAUAAUAAUGUCCGUUUCCGCAUGUUCUGAACAUACACUGAAUAUCAGGUCUCAAAUUAUGCACUCCGUGCCACUUCAUACCAAAGAUGUUCCAUGUUCCAGUGUGGAUUAUGUUAGUCUUUAUUCAUGCAUAACCUAGAUGAAGGUGGGGAGAACCUGAGUCAUUUGCCCUUAGGGUUUAGCUCUCUGUGAAGGUCACAAAGAAAGCAGAACCAUUCGUCGUGAACCAGAGGCCUUGGUGCCGAAAAGCUGAUUUCAAAUUCAAGUAAAAUUAAAAUUGCACUAUAGUCCAUCCAGAAACAGUACGACAAGGGUUUACUGUAAAUUCAUACAUUUGUGGUUGACGCAGGGUCUCUCACACAGCUCUGCUUGCUGCUUUGGACGGGAGACGGAAUGUUUGCUUUGGAAUUUACUUUAUUCCUAAACUGCUUUUAUGUAGGUCUUUGCUGUCAUGUACACAUGAAAGUGUGAUGGUAGCUGCAUGUUCAACAUUCAUGUUGUACAAACGUUAAACAUUGAGUGCCUUGAAUAUUUCACAUUCAUAGCUGUCCACAGUCCAAAUGUAUGUGUUUGUUUUGUGUUUUUA